AUGGGGCGUGGUAGCAAACCGAGUGCUGAUGGCGUCAAGAAGCGUCGUUUUUGUCGAGGACGUAAAAGACCCAAAACCACAGAUCGGGCCCCAAGCAAGCUCUCGGCGGGUACAGACUCUUCUGCCUCUUCACUGGCAAAUACCCAGCCAACUUCCGAGCCUGUUCAGGAGCAAUACACAGCUACCAUGUCUGUUCUAGAGCAAGAGCCUGGUCGGGGACAAGACACAGCUUUAGUGGAGCAACUCAAGGCCCUCGUGAAGCAAAACGGGGAUCUCAUGAAGCAGAAUGUGGAUGCCUUGAAGCAGAAUGCGGAUCUCGCGGCUCUUUUGAAAGAGAGCAAAAGGAAACUGGAUGUCAUGACAAAGAACGCCGAGAGAGCCAAGAAGAAUUACAUAUCCGAGAAGAAGGCGAACAACAGAAAAUACGAGGACCGGAAGGAGGAGCUAAAGCAGAUCAUAGGCAACUUGAACAUGAAGCACGACGCAACACGUCAGGAAGUCGCCGAUCUGAAUGCAGCCAUGCACUUUGUGCUGGAGAGAGGACACGAGGGUAAAUACUUUGACAAGAUGUGGUCAAAGACUCGCGAGUGGACGAAGUACUAG